AUGAAUUCCAACGCCGUCGACAACAACAUUGUGAACUUGGUUCAAGACAGCUUUAAAGAUAUGAAUGUUGAAUUCUCUGAAAGAUUUGGUGUAGAUUGUGAGUAUGCCAGCAUUGCUGAAGCUCGCAGCGGUGCCGCGGAUUUUGGUAAAAAAUGGAACGUUGUUCUUGUUACUGUCCGCUCCAAUGCAAAGAAAUCCUACCUUGCUUUGGCUUGCAAGCAUUUUGGUAAAUAUAAACCAGGAAAAAAGGUAGCAACUGAAGAUGAGCAACCAAAUGAUGCCGCUCCUUGUGACUUUGAAGAAGACGGCUUAAAUAAAAAGAUGGUUACCAGGGAUACCCAAAGGAACGAGUGCCAAUGCUUUAUCAAGCUUGCUGCUUCCCCUUCUGGCGGACUGAGGGUCUCUGGAUCAUGCGGUAAGCAUAACCAUCCUAUUUCUUCAUGCCGUACAAUCUACGCAAUCCAUAGAAAGCAAUCUCAAGAGGUAAUGGAUCUCAUUAUGCGAACUCUUUCGUUACCUACGCCAAACCCAGUAGACACGGUCAUGCAAAUAUUGCUCUUGAAUGGCAUAGAUUGUUAUGUAAUGGUUUAUAAGACGCACGACAAAGACAAGAGAAGUACUCUUUGA